GAAUUACAAAAUAGAUAAAAUAACAAAUGUUAUAAUAAAUAUAAUUAUGUGUUAGAUAUUAAGUUAUAGAAAUAAUUAUAAAUAUCGCAAUAGAACCGUUUUAUACUCUUAUAUAUAGAAUCCAAUUAAGUGUAUUUAAGCAGCAUCUUUAGCGGGUUAAGUUGUUUGUGCCAGCUGAUUGCAUUGGGAUUCAUCAAUAUUUGUACUUCUAUAUGAAAAACUAAAGGGAUGUGCUUAUAUAUUUAAUUUUUAUGGAAAUGUCCCGUAGAAAUCAAGACAUUCCUAUCCGACCACGUUAUGGUAUAUCAGAUAUAACAAACGACGAUAGCAGCAGUACAGCAGAGCGAACAAAGCAAAAACCGAGAACGACUCCACCGAGCGCUAUGGAGCCUUCAUCAUACAGUGAAAUUCCCUUUCUUGCACAAUAUCCAGAUAUGGAUAUUACCACACAAGAUAUGAAACGUACAAAUACGGAAGGAGAUAAAACUGAAAGACCCAUUAUUAGUGCACCAAGUGUUGAAUAUGACGAUGAGGACGAUAAUUCAAAUUCCAAAGACAGUUCGUACGAAGACAAUAAAACUCCAAUGCGGCCCAAUUCGCUGCACUGCGAUUCUUCAUUUCCUUACGAGUUGGAAGGUGCGACCAGCACAGAUGGUGAAAUGCGACACUUUGUAGCCGAUAAUCUAGAGGAAAAAAUACGGAGCGAUCAACAGAGCUAUGCUUCACACAAUAGCACACCGUCAGCCAACAAUCCGAGUGGUGGCAUGCUUACGAGACGUUUCUUGCAAACUCAGCGGCCUCAAAUUGACGCAAAUGUUUUAAGUGACAUUGAGAUCGAAGCGCAGUAUUUGGCCGCAUCGGUAGAUAAUUUGAUGGAAAACCUUUGCAAUCUACUGCAUUCUAUAUCUUCAAUUACCGCUGAUAACGUUGAGGUGCAUAAAAAUGCAGUGAAUAAGCUCACUGAUAGUAUGGACGCUAAUAUUAAAUGCAUGUACACCAUUAUGGCGAAAACAGAAGAAAUUACAAAGUCUAUGAAACCAACAGAGCAGUUAGGACAAAGAAUACGUGAAAUUAAGCGUCUUGUGGAUAUGCUCGAUGGCACCAUGUAGGACCAACCGUUGGUGGUAAAUGGUAAUUUACCCAAACCCUCCUGUCCCCUUAUUUAACUACAAACACUUCGAAGUAUUAUUAACAUGUUAUUAAAGUUAUUAUAAAAAUGAA